GCACUCCCAGUCAGUUGCUCGUCCUCGCUCUCUUCAUGUACACCUCACAGUGCGCAUGUCUCGCCGCGGUCUCGCGUUGUUUGGCGCCGCUCUCUCCUCUCUCUCGGAUUUCUCAGCGCUGAUGGUUGCGCAGUGAAAGAUGGCGUUCACGUUUGCGGCCUUUUGUUAUAUGCUGGCAUUGCUGCUCACGGCGGCACUCAUAUUCUUCGCCAUCUGGCACAUUAUAGCGUUUGAUGAACUGAAGACGGACUACAAGAACCCUAUAGACCAGUGCAACACGUUGAAUCCUACAGUUGAAAAGGUCAAAAAGAUUAAGAGAGUCAAAAUUGCCUUGAAGCUGGUGCUCCCAGAGUACCUGAUCCAUGUGUUCUUCUGCAUCAUGUUCCUGUGCGCGACGGAGUGGCUAUCGCUGGGUCUCAACAUGCCGCUGCUCGCCUACCAUGUGUGGAGGUACAUGAGCAGGCCGGUGAUGAGCGGCCCUGGCCUCUACGAUCCCACCACAAUCAUGAACGCUGACAUUCUAGCAUUCUGUCAAAAAGAGGGCUGGUGCAAGCUUGCUUUUUACCUGCUCUCCUUUUUCUACUAUCUCUACGGAAUGAUCUACGUUCUGGUGAGCUCCUAAAACCAGGUUGGCUGUAGUCAUGGGUGAGGGGUGAGGAGUGGGAAAGAGGAAAUAAAUAAAGAAAUACAAAAAACAAAACUGCAUGCAAAACUACACCAAUCGACUGGCGAUCUGCAGGGAAGAGCCAUGCUUUUUAUUUGUGGAAGAUUUUGCCUACGGAGUUAAAACAAUAAUAAUAAUGGAACCAACAACCCCAGGGGUAUCCCUCUUCAUCACUGAGGAAAUUAGUUCUGCUGCUUCUGAAAGAGAAAACUUUUUGCCUGAGCUUCGUCCUUCCUUUUUGCCUGAGCUUCGUCCUUUCUUUCUGCUGCCCAUCAUUUCAGAGACUAUUGAAGAUGUUCAGGAUCAUUAUUUAGUUUUUCUUUAUUGUUUUGAUGGAAAAUGAAAGUCAGUAUUCUAUAUUGCCUUUUUUUCCCUUCUCGUAUUUAACUUUUAUGAAAAAUCACUGAUCCUAAUUGUACUUGAUGUUUACAGAAGUUUAUGAUUUUUUUGUGCGUGUCUGCUAUUGUUGCUUGGCAUGUUAGCAGUAGAUCAAGACCACAUUUCUGUAAUAAAUUGUAAGCAGCAAUCUUUUUACACAACAAUUUAUUUUGUGCAUCUUUUGAACUCCACUAAAGUGACUAUCAGUAGUGUGUGUGGCUCAGACUACUUACAAAAAAAAAACACUUUAAUUUGAUUUGCAUCAAUAGAUUAGGCGUGGUAAGGUCUGAAAGUGGAUUGACUAUUUGGGUAACAUUUUAAAGAGCCAUGCUGCGCUGCGGGCUUGCCUGUAAGCUGCCCAGAGCUGCGUUGUCCUUCGACGCUGUAGCUCUUGGGUGGCUGCAUGGUGAGUCCGCAGUGUGAAAAAAAGCGGUCGGCUGAUGGCACAUGCUUCGGAGGACAGCGUGUGCUCGUCUUCGCCCUUCCGAGUCAGAGCAGGGGUGGUAGCGGUGAGCCUAAAAAUAAUUGGCCAUUCCAAAUUGGGGAGAAAAUAAGAAAAACAAUUAGUGACUAUUAAAUUUAAAUAAAUAAAUACACUCCAGCUAGUCUGAAGGAUGAAAAGACCAUAGACCCUGAUUAGCACUAAUACUGGACAACCCAAUGUUAUUUCAGGCAAGGUAAUCCGAGAUUCGUGCUAAUCGGGGUCUGUGAAACCAGUCGCAAAUGUUCUUUAGAAUUAAACUGGCUUAUGUAUAUUUUAUUAUAGUAUUAUGUGGUAAAGCUGUUAGUCCAGCAGGUUGAUAAGAAGUGGGAGUGUGGACUUUGGGAUUGAAAAGUAAAAAUAUUUUAUCUGCACUCAGCAAUUGUCACAAAUAAUAUUUGUUUUACUUAUUUGUGGCGACGUUCUCUUUUAAAUAUGUAGUAAUAAUAUUGUAAGUUUUAAAUGAACCGGCCCACAGUUCUGAUUUCCUGGUUUAACUGACGUUGAACGAGCAAUAUGCUGAAACUAAACUAGGUGCAGAAUACAGAUCAGACUGCACAGGCACUGGGCUGCCACUUCUACCAGCUGGGAGCAUAACCUGCUGUGUCACAAAACUCAUCCGGUUAAAACAGAUGUGUUUCUAAUGUCAAAGCUGGAUAGCAGAAAGAGCAUGGAUGUGCGCAGCAGGGUUUAAAAGAACAGGCUUGUGUGUGUUCAGAGUGAUAUUUAUACAUCCCCACCCUCCAGGUCUGUCAUGCUUUUGGGUGAUAUGUGGUUUGAUAUACUAUAACAUUACUAGAAUUGCUUCCAUGUGCUUUUUAUUUGGUUAUGUACUUUGCAUACUGGUUUCCUUUGGGAUCAUUACCAAGCACACUACGCUGGAUAAAUAAAUACAGUUUCCUGGUUUA